AACUGUUUGAGUUUAUAUUUUAAUACUAGUAUCUAUUCUACAACUGGCAUUGCAUCACAAUCUUCCCUCUUUCCUAGUUCAAAAUUCGCGCUGUUUCACCAUGAUCAGCCCCCAUUUCUUAAUCAUGAUCAAUGUCAAAGCUUAUAUCUUUAUCUUUUUUUUUUUUUGGGAUGUUGAUUAAAAUCGCGUUCGAUUGGAAAUGUUGCGAAUUAAACGAUUGAUUCAAUGUUUCUCUAAGUUGUUGGUGACUGUUUGGUUUUUGAUUGUGAUGAAGGCUUUGUAGGUUGACAACUGAGGCAGAUCUGUUGAUUAUAACUAUACCAUUUUUGAAUUCUGCCAAUAGUCAAGACUAACAUUAAUAAAAUGAAGAAAAAAUGUAACAUUACCUUGUACAACACAAGGAUUUUACAGUCAAAUAUUUGGUGAAUUUCUUAAUACAAAUACAGGCCUGGACAAAGGCUAUUGGGUUCACGCAGAAUUUAGUGUGUAAUUCAUGGAGCACUUGAACCCAUGAUCUUUACACAAAACUAGAAUGGCUAUGGAAACUACAGCUCUACCUUCUGCCCCUGCUGCACAAGUGAUUGGAAAUGCCUUUGUUGAGCAAUAUUACCAAAUUCAACACCACUCCCCAGAGUUAGUAUACAGAUUUUAUCUGGAUUCAAGUGUCUUAACUCGCCCAGAUUCUAAUGGUGUGAUGACAUCUGUGACAACAAUGAAAAGUAUCAAUGACAUGAUAUGCUCAUUAGGCUACAAGAACUACAAGGCAGAGAUAAAGAGUGCAGAUGCACAACAGUCCUACAAGGAUGGGGUGAUUGUAUUGGUAACUGGAUGCUUAACUGGAAAGGAUAACAUGAGAAAGCGAUUCACCCAGACGUUUUUCCUUGCUCCACAGGACAAAGGGUACUUUGUUUUGAAUGAUGUUCUUAGGUAUGUAGAAGAAACUGAGACUGAUAAUAGUUCAAAAAUGGUUAAUGGAGUUGAGGAUGUACCGCCCGUGUCUUUAACGCCUGAUCCAGAACCUGUUCAUUUGCUUGAUCCUCCAAAUCACAGACAGCCUAGCUCUCAUGGAGAAGAAAUUCCAAUUGUUGAGGAAGUAGUCCAUGGUUCUUUGGAAGAUGAGAGACUAGUUGGUGAUGAAAGAGAGACUGUGGUGGGUGCUGAAUCCCAUGUUAAUGAGAAACAUACUUCUGAGAAUGCAGAACCAGCUACUUCAGUUGACCAAGAAGAUGCUCCUAGGAAAUCUUAUGCAUCAAUUGUAAGUUCUCAAACAAAGAAAGGGCCCACCAAAAUCUAUGUACCCGCUAAUUCAAGAAUGGCUUCUGCAAAAAAACAGCCAGUUAAUUCAGUAGCACAAGCUCCUGCUCCUGAAUCAUCAGUUCCUACUGCCUCCAGUGGUAAUUUACCUGAAUCUAAAAGUGCUCAGUAUGGAGCUGACGGGCACUCCAUCUAUGUCCGCAAUUUGCCUCUAAAUGUUACUGUUGCUCAACUUGAGGUUGAAUUUAAGAGAUUUGGACCCAUUAAGCAAGGAGGCAUACAAGUUAGAAGUAAUAGGCAACAAGGAUUCUGCUUUGGGUUUGUUGAAUUUGAAGAUUCAAGCUCCAUGAACAGUGCGAUAAAGGCGUCACCUAUUACAGUUGGAGGUUUUCAAGCUGAUGUUGAGAUGAAGAGAACUACAACUAGAGUUGGUAGCGGGAGAGGCCGUUUCCCUCCAGGAAGAGGAGGGUACAGAAAUGACAAUUUCAGGGGCCGUGGAAACUUUACUGGAGGUCAGGGCUAUGGUAGAAACGACUUUGUUGGAGCGCGUGAAUUUUCAGGGCGUGGAAGGAGUCAGGGAGGACGAGGUGGUGAAGGUUACCAACAAGGAAGAGGGAGAGGCGGGCGGAGAGGUGGCAUAAGUCAGAUUCCUGAUUCAGCAUAGUUUGGCUGAAGAAGUUUUGGUUGCAAAUUUUGACUUAGUUUUUUGUUGCCAUUGUGCAGCAGCAGAUCAGUUUAGCUGUGCCGUGAUAGAAAUCUUAACCUUAUCUUCCUUCUAAUCUUUUCGGUUCCUGUAGGCCUUGUUUUUUUCAAGCUUAAGUAAGGAGCAUUUUUUUCUAACAGAUUUUUUGUGUAGGUAAUUUUAUGUUUCAUAGGGUAGAACAAUGUUACUUGAAGAAAUUUAAUGUUCUUUCUAACCACAAAAGAAAAGGUUUUUGUGUA